AUGGCUGGCAUCCAGCCGGAGCAGGAGAGCCACGUCCUGCCGUCGGGGUCACCCCACCCCGUGGCCUCCAACUCGGAGCCAAACCCGCCAUCGACGCCCCUCUCAACAAUCCCAGCUCUGACACGGGACAAAACCCCAGCCACCAGCUGCAAUCUGCUCUCCUGGUUUCGCCACCCGCUGGCCACGUUCACGGCUUCCCUCAAGCACCGCCGCUGCGCGUCCUUCGGCGACAACCCCAAGGCCGGGAGGAAGAAGAAAGCGCAAAUCCUGGGCGACGCGUGCAAGGAUGACGAGGCGUCGGAGGCCAAAGCCCUGCAGGAGAAGAAGAAGGCGCCCGGUAGCAGCACUAGAGAUCCCGAGCUCCUCGCCGACUCAAUCCCCAAGGCCAUCGGUGCCACUACCGCAGCGCACAUCGUGGAUUGCUUCAACGACGAUGACGUCUACGUGAAAAAGGUCGCCGCCCUACACCCUUCCCAUGAGGACAUGGCCAUAGAAGGCAAGGAGGAGAAAGCAAAGGCGAAGGAGCAGCAGGGGUCUCCCGAGAAUGUGGAGAAUGUGGUGGAGAAGAAAUGGGUUGGGGAGCCCAUCGACAUCACCGGGGCCAACAACGACUACAAAGGUGACACAUUUCUCUUGGAAGUUACGGAGUAA